GUCCUUCUGCACUACGUCAUCGACACAAAGGCUGAGUUUCAAACGGCUCUUCGGUUUAUAUAUCAGUGCACUAUUUUAGGGCUUGAACUAAUAACUUGUAAACCCUACAUAGUGCACUCUGUGGGUGUUUGGUGUGGAGCCGGAGUGUACGCAAACUGAGCAGUUUAUAAGCCACAGCAGCACAGCGACUGAUGUGUGAGUGUUGAAUCAGUUAUUCAGGAGCAGAAACAAAACAAAACAAAAUGGCGGAAGAUGGAGUCGAAAGUACCGGAGAUGUUACUCUGGACAACGCCGUUAAACAGUGGUUAGAGUUUGAUAAGAACAGCAAGACGGCGGCUUGCGUGCGAGAGAUGGUGAAUACGGGAAACUUAGAAGAGCUGCGCCAAUGUUUUGGCUCCCGGAUGACGUUCGGGACGGCGGGGCUGAGAGCGGCCAUGGGGCCCGGCGUGUCGCGCAUGAACGACCUCACCAUCAUACAGACCACCCAGGGGUUCUGUCGCUACAUGGAGCAGUGUUUUGAGGAUCUGAAGCAGCGCGGCGUGGUGAUCGGGUUUGACGCGCGCCAGCACACUCCCAGCGGCGCCAGCAGCAAGCGCUUCGCCUCUCUGGCCGCGGCUGUGUUUAUCAGCCGAGGAGUUCCUGUUCACCUCUUCUCUGUCUUCACUCCUACGCCGUACGUGCCGUUCACUGUAUCUCACCUGGGUCUCUGUGCUGGUGUUAUGGUGACGGCCUCGCACAACCCCAAACAGGACAACGGUUACAAGGUGUACUGGGAGAACGGCGCUCAGAUCAUCUCCCCUCAUGACAAAGGUAUCGCCGCAGCUAUAGAGGAGAAUCUGGAGCCGUGGGCCGAGUCGUGGGACACGGACGCUGCCUCCCAGAGUGCACUGCUCAAAGACCCGUAUCAGGAUAUACACCGAGAAUACCUGCAGUCUAUUCAGCAACACUGCUUCCACAGAGAGCUGAACAAGAGUUCGGAGGUGAAGAUCGUUCACACCUCGGUGCACGGCGUGGGUCACGUGUUCGUCCAGGCCGCUUUUAAAGCUUUCGACCUUCCACCUCCGUAUGCCGUCGAGGAGCAGAAAGAUCCCGACCCGGAGUUCCCGACGGUGGAGUACCCCAACCCUGAGGAAGGAGCGGGAGUGCUGAACCUGUCUUUUGCACUAGCGGACCGAGAGGGAGCGACUGUGGUUCUGGCCAACGACCCAGACGCGGACCGACUGGCCAUGGCUGAGAAACAGUCGAGUGGUGAGUGGAGGGUGUUCUCGGGGAACGAGCUCGGUGCGCUGCUCGGCUGGUGGACGUUUCAGUGCUGGAAGGAGAAGCAGGGGGAAAAGUUCAAGUCCUCGGUGAAGGACGUGUACAUGCUGGCCAGCACCGUCUCCUCCAAGAUCCUCCGCGCCAUCGCUCUUAAAGAGGGCUUUCACUUCGAGGAGACUCUGACUGGCUUUAAGUGGAUGGGGAACAGAGCGAAGCAGCUGCUGGAUCAGGGGAAGAGCGUCCUGUUCGCCUUCGAGGAGGCCAUCGGAUACAUGUGCAGCCCAGCAGUGCUGGAUAAGGAUGGAGUGAGCGCAGCAGCCAUCGCCGGAGAGAUGAUCUCAUACCUGGCCUCCAGAAACACCUCCAUCUCACAGCAGCUUAAAGCCAUUUACGAUGAGUACGGCUACCACAUCACCAAGAACUCGUACUUCAUCUGCCACAACCAGGACACCAUCAAGCAGCUGUUUGAGCAUCUGAGGAACUACGACAGCCAGAACACCUACCCUAAAGAGUGCCAGGGCUUCGCCGUCACCGGCGUCCGUGACCUCACUACGGGCUACGACAGCAACCAGCCCGAUCUCAAAGCCAUCCUUCCUACCAGUAAGAGCAGUCAGAUGAUCACCUUCAGCUUUGCUAACGGAGGCGUGGCCACCAUGCGGACAAGCGGCACCGAGCCCAAGAUCAAGUACUACACCGAGCUGUGUGCCGCUCCAGGGAACAGUGAUGUGACUCAGCUGAAGGGCGAGCUGAACAGCCUGGUGGACGCCAUCGUAGAGAAUUUCUUCCAGCCCAAGAAGAACAACCUGACGGCCCGACCGGAGUCGGAUUAAACGCCGGGCUAGCGAAAGCACUGAGCGGAAAGGUCUGCCGACGCCUCAAACAAUCCUGACGCGAUACUUUCCAGUUUCACACAUUUCUGUUUUCCCCACUCUCGCACACACAAAUCAACUUCACACAUUUUCUACAGCUGUUUAAACCCUUUUUUAAUGAAAACCUGUUCAUAUUCACAUCACAGACUGCACCUUUAAUGACAUCACUGGGUCCGGAGGGUCUGAAACCAUGAUCCUAAUGAAUGUAACCGUACGAGUAAUCCUAGACCUGCACUUUUAUUCGGAGAGAAGUCUUAAAUACGGUAUUGACCAUGUGAGCCACGCCCACCUGAUGUGAAUUUGGGAAGAGAAGCUGCUGCCAUGCGAAUAUUAUCAAAAACACACGCUGAUCACCCGUUAUUACCCGACACAUGCUUUCCAUCAGAGCUUUUUUUUCUUCUUUAGUUUAGCACUGGAUCUAUAAAACUAAUACUGAUCUAUAAGACUAAUACUUUCAUUACUCUUUAGCAACAUUAGCAUCAUAGCACCAGUGCAAAACUUUAAAAAAAAAAAAAAAAAAAAAAAAAAGCUUCAGACACCAAACACACUUUAACUGGGACCAGUAAAACAUUUCCAUCAAACCAUUGCUUUAACCUUAACCAAAGUAUUACAAUGUGUACCACAGUGCUGCUGAAUUCUCAACCCUGAUUGGUCAGAAGAUCUUAAUGCGCUUGUUUUCGUUUCUAUAGUUUAGUCUAAGAAUAGACAUAUUUUAAUAUGUGUUAUUUAACAACAAAAAUGCUCUAAUCACUGAUUUGGUGAAGCUUUCUAUAAGGAGACGUUUAUAUAACAUUUAUGGAAGGAGUCUCCAGUGUCAGCGCUUUGACAGGAAGUUUGUCUGUAACAUGACAAGCUGAAUAAAAGAGAGGCUGGUGAAGAAAUGACUGAAGGAAGAGCUAGUUUUUCACUGAAGUUCCACAACGUUAACUAUAAACGGAUAAAAAUUACAUUAUAUAUUAAAAAAAACGACAGAAACACCGCUUCCUGCAUCACACCACCCCGUUGUUGAUUCAUUUCCUAUAACAGCACAACACCGAGUGUAUCGCGUACCGUUUUCUGUCUUUUUUUUGGAUCCAUGGAUAAUCAAACUUCCAGUUCAAACAUCUUUUAAGGUUUGAAUCUGAAUCUGGUGCUGCGUUAUAAUCCUAAUGAACCGAACAGCAGCUUUCUACACUUUAAUUAUUUAAUCAUUUUAUUUCUGCUGGAUCAGAGAUGUUUGAUUCUCACUCAUUUAUUCACUACUCUGCAUACAUGACUUUUUAUUUUUAUUUUUAAUGAGACCUCUGAACAUUCCUUUAUUUAAUGAACGGUUGAUCAUUGUCUUCUUUCAGAACUGUACAAGACCUUUAGUGUCAUUUUUCUUUUUUCUUUUUUUUUUAGUGAACUGGGAUGAGUGCUGCCCCCUGCUGGCUGAUUUUGAAAUGAAAAAAUAUGCAAUGACUAGAGUAUAAACAGGGCUGCAAAAUAGUAAUUAUACUUCACUACUGUACUUAAGUGCUGUUUUAGAAGAUUUCUGCUUUACUCAAGUAUUGAAAUGGAAUGCUUGUUGAAUAUUUAUUAAACAUUAGCUAACCAGCGAGCCAUAUCUGAGGUUUGUCUAGAGUUAGCAUAAUAUUUAAUAAAUAUUUAAUAAAAUACGUACGAGUCAAAUGAAAACCUUUAAAGUGCAAUGUAAAUUAGAUCACCUUUUUUUUUUAGUCGUUAAGCACCGGACCACUUGUGUUGAACAGAACGGAGAUUAUGGAGAAAAAUGAUACACUUUUGUGACACCAGUUUGCAAUAAACAAUGCAAACGUUUUCAUUUGGCUCACCCUCGUACAUACAUGCAUAAGAUUUCAUGUCUGAAUUGCUCAUUUUUGAUCAGUUUUAUAUAGAAUAUUUACUUUAAAUACUUGAUUAUGUUUCACUCAAGUCGAUUAAUUAACUGUAAUUAAGUGCAGUUUUUCACUUACUCUAAAGCACUGAUUAUAAACAUAUUGUAAGUCUGAGCUUAAAGGAAUGGUUUGAUCCUUUAAUCCAACACAACUCUAUGCAGGUCUGAGAAGUGCUAGGUUAAUUCAUCUUUUCAUAUUUAUUCCUCAUUACAGUGUGACUCAGUGUCUGAAAUGCAAUGUUUAAGUAUAAAAAAUAAUAAUAAUUAACCUUGAUCUGUGGUUCUCAACUCCCCGUGUGGUCCUGAUCCACACUCAUCAAUGCACAUCACAGCAUUAGACUUUAAUCCUUAAAUCAGUGUCUAGAGUUUAAAGUCUAAUGAUGCGAUGUGCAUUCUGAAUAAAUGCGAAAGCGUCCACAUGUUUACAUUUUGCCAGAAACUUUAUAUCCAAAGCACCUAUAUCCAAAACUUUAUGUCCAAAACUUUAUAUCGAAAGCACCUAUAUUCAAAACUUUAUAUCCAAAACUUUAUAUCGAAAGCAAACUCCACCUGAAGCAGAAAUUCCUGGGAUUUAAACUCACAACCUUCCACGCAGAAUCGUACCAGUUGAGGGACUCCUGAAAGUCGGUGCAGUGAUCUCUGAUUAAAGCCUUAAACAUUUAACAUUCUUGUACACGAGUAUUUAAUAACGAAACUUCCUGGUUUUAUUUAAACAUUCCUCUGCCUUGUUGUACUUGUCUACCUUGUGUAAUCAUGCACUGUGGGCUCACACAUGCUGCUUUUCUGCACACGCAUUUCAGCUGAACCUUCUUCAGUGGACUUCAUUCUUAGUAAAGAAUAAAAUAAAACUAAUCUAGCA